CUGCACUUUUGGAAAAUUCAGUACAGUCUUCAACUUAAAAUUUUUCAGUUUUAUGAUGGUGGGAAUGCAAUACCCAGUCAGUAGAAACUGUACUUCAAGUUUUGAAUUCUGAUCUCUUCCCAGGCUAGUGCCAUGCGGCACAGUACUCUCUCGUGAUGCUGGGCAGCGGCACUGAGCUCCCAGUCAGCCGUGUGAUCACGAGGGAAAACAACUGAUGCUCGACAGUGUACUGUGUCGCCAGCUUCUUUGAAUAUUGUGUUCGGUGUUUUCACAUCCCAUCAUGUCUACGAAGUGCCCAUCUGUUUCUCCUGCUUCUGGUGAGAUGAAGAAGAGGAAGGCAAUUACUCUUGAGAUGAAACUCAAGAUAAUUACCCAGCACGAAGGCGGCAAGCCAGUAAUGGCCAUCGCACGUGAGUCUGGACUUUCGCAGUCUACGAUUUCAACCAUCUUAAAGGAUAAGAAGCGAAUCAUUGAUGCAGUGAGAUCAUCAGCAUCGGUUAAAUCCACUGUCAUCACAAAGAAAAGAGCUGGGCCAAUUGAUGAUAUGGAAAAAUUACUUGUUGUUUGGAUGGAAGACCAGAUACAGAAGCACAUACCACUUAGCCUACUGAUGAUCCAGGCUAAGGCCAGAAGUCUUUUCAAUAUGCUAAAAGAGCAUACCAAUGACCCUACAUAUACACAGAUAUUUAAAGCAAGUCAUGGAUGGUUCCAGCGCUUCAAAAGGCGUCAUAAUUUUCAUAAUGUGAAGGUCAGUGGUGAGGCAACAAUUGCAGAUAUUGAAGGUGCCAAAGCUUUUAAGGAACAGUUGCAUAGGAUGUUUGUGGCUGAAGAUCUUUGCAGUGAGGAGCUGAUCAAACUAAAGGAAGAAAGAAUUAAAGAAGUUGAGGCAGAGGAAGAAGUUAUACCCAAGGCACCAAGAAAUUUCACAGUAAAGAAGCUGGCAGAGGCAUUUGCUGCUAUCAGCAGUGGUGUGCGGAUGUUAGAAAAAAUGGAUGUCAAUUAUGAGAGAUUCAAAAAAGUUGACAGGCAGAUACAGGAUGCUCUUGCUUGCUAUAGAGAAAUAUAUAAUGAAAAGAAGAAACAAACCGUACAGUCAGAACUUGGUAUCUUCCUGAAGAACACUAUGCCCGCUAAACCAUCAACAAGUAUUGAUGCCCCAGUGCCUUCUACCAGCUAUUCUCGAGCCUCAGAAGAGAGAGAAAUUGAUGAGCGUGUUACUAUAGCAUUCCCAUCAUCCAGCAAUUAAUUUUAUUUCAAUGCUUCAGACAUUCUUCAGGCCCAGUGUGCUUUUAUCUGUGUACAUUAAUGAUGCCCUUCAAAUCCUUGGUUAUGGAAUAUUUGGCUCAUCCUGGUGCUUUCACCUUGGCUGCUGGAGUUGCUUGUGGCAUGUGCCUGGGCUGGGGCCUGCGAGUACGCUUUGGGAUGCUCUCCAAAAGCUUGACGAGCAAGACAGACACAGAGACUGGAACUGAAGCAAGCGUCUUAGGAGAAAAUGGGGAGUACAAAAUGAUUCUUGUGGUUCGAACCGACUUAAAGAUGGGAAAAGGAAAAGUGGCUGCCCAGUGCUCUCAUGCUGCUGUCUCUGCCUACAAGCAAGUUCAAAGGAGAAACCCUGAAGUGCUCAGACAGUGGGAGUACUGUGGCCAGCCCAAAGUAGUGGUCAAAGCUCCUGAUGAAGAAACUCUGGUUGAAUUACUGACCCACGCGAAAAUGCUGGGACUGAUUGUGAGUUUAAUCCAAGAUGCUGGACGUACUCAGAUUGCACCAGGCUCUCGAACUGUCCUAGGAAUUGGGCCAGGACCAGCAGACCUAAUAGACAAAGUCACUGGUCACCUAAAACUUUACUAGGUGGACUUCUAACAAUUCCUCUAUCAUGUGUGUUUGAAGUCUGUCAAAUUCUAACAAUAAAAGCUGAAUUUCUUCCCCCAGUUUAAAUAUUCUCGAGAUGAAAAUAAAAUCCAUUCCUGUGUUCU